CAUGGCUGUGCAGAUAUUGAUCGAUUCCAAACAGCAUAUCCCGGAAGCCGGGCAGUCGAACUUGACGACGGCGUUGUGUUUGUUUCAUACUAAACAUUUGGCUCCCACCUGCUGGGGCCUGAAUGCCUGUCAGCAAUUGGUUCCCUAAUCGAAUGACCCGCUACCAAGCGUGCCAGCCUCCCCGUCCUGUCAACGCCCCUGCCACAGCCCCAGCUCGGCUCCGUACCAAGAGGUCAGAGCGUGAUAUUUGGCGUGACUCUCGCUGGGUCCCGUCAUCAAAGACGAAAUAUCGCUGCCUACCUAGUCUCUCAGCCCAAGAAUCAGGCAGAGCCGAGGCGGAACAACAUUAUUAGCUCUCGUCUCUCCUGAUGGGCUCGCUACCUCAGGCUUUCCCGUGAGACAGCCGCAAGACUGCUGCCGCGCAUCGGAGGCGGUUCCCUUAAUCCUUUCUGCCUGUUUCAGCCACCGGUGCGCCCAUCCUUCGGAGGCGGCCGGGCCGGUUUCGGCUGGAAUAAAGACCGACGGCUGCUAUUCACUCAGCCAUGGCGGGCGACAGCAACCGUGACAGAGACCAGAGCCUGCUGGACCGUCUCAAUGCGCUCAAGGGCACCAAUCUGAAUUUGGAUCUAGACACCUCGCAAAACGCGCUCGGGAUCCCGAUAUCAUCAUUUGCCCCUGCCCCAAAAGAGGCAAGGGAUGAUGCCCUAUCAGCCCGGCUCCGGUCCUUGAGGGAAACUUCCCAGGACGCACCGCCAUCUGCAGGGUCCUCCGCCGCAUCUCUAUCAGCCGUUACCGCUGCUGCGGGCGUCUCCACCCCUCCUGCGCCCGCCGCUGACCUUGGCAAAGGUCCGGUCCCACGGGUGGCGCAGCCGCCCUCCAAGGCCAGCGCGCCUCACAGGACAGGCGCGACGGCUCCCACAGAGCGGCACGCGCCAACACCGCCGCCUCCCCGGGCUGGAGGCCCAAUUUCUACUUUCUCACUACCUGAUGUGGAGGACGACCCUUUGUUCGCUUCCGACGGCAGGGACCUGGAUGACCUGUUGGAGGGUCUCGAGGAUCUCGGACUGGCCGAGGAGGAUGAGGAGGUAGAAGGGGCGGGCGGGGGGCAGACAACGGCGACGAAAGAGAAGCAGGGCGGCGCGCCGGUGCCUAGCUUGGACGAGCAGCUGACAGAGGCGCAGCGCACUGCAGCCCUCUUUGCGAAAUUCGAGAAGCAGGCGACGAAAAGGCUCGAAAAAGUCGAGCUGCGGGAGGCCGCCGGCCUGGGCGAGGAGGGCGAGGACAAGAACGACGACGACUCGGACGGGGAGGAGAUGCGCCGCGAGGCGGACGAGGCGCUCCUCAGGGCCCUGGACGAGCUGAGCCUGGAAGGCACCCGGCCGCCGGCGCCGGAGGCCAAGACGGGCCCGGAACAUCCAGGGGGCGCAGAAGACGGCGGGAGGUCUGCAGCGGCGGCCGGGACGGGAGGCGACGAAGACGGUGAGUUCUCACUCCCCACGCCCCCCUCGACCCUCCCGCCGCCCGUGUCGGGGGAAGAAGGUGGUGGCGCCGGGAAGGGUCGGCGGAGGGGCUCGGCCGAUUUCGAAGCCGACUUCAGCAGCAGGCUCGCGAGGCUCAAGGCCGGGCGCGACGCGGGAGCUCCCGCCGCCGCCGCCGCCGCCGCCGACGACGACGACGACGAGCUGGGCCUGCCGUCCGUCCCGAGCUACAAGCCCGGGGACGUCGGCAAGACGACGCGCCUGACGACCAAGACGGGCUACACCGACGACGACGUCAAGAGCUGGUGCAUACUGUGCCUGGAGGACGCCACCUGCCGUUGUGAGGGCUGCGACGACGACGUGUACUGCGAGCAGUGCUGGUGGGGGAUGCACGUUGGUCCUUCGGCCGACUACGACGCGCGCGGCCACCGGCGCUGGAAGUUUACGAAAAACUAAGAAGCCAACCUAGCGUGCAUUUCUCCAUGAUCCUAGAAGAGACAGCGAGUCGUCAUCAAAACGUCGUGAAUGCAGUCCCCGAGAGCCAUUUUAGAAAGAAAUCUCUGUUAUUCUCUCUCAAACCACUGCUAGCAUGUGUAAAGUACCUCGUGAUAGCCGGAUAACCCUCCCCAACCAACAGAAAGCGAGUGAUGAAGACAAAAGGGAUCAGGAUAUGACUAGUCGAAAUGAGAAAGGAAACAAACAGGACAUAAUCCGUCUCCCUUGUGCCAAAGAUAAGAAACCCCAAGUGUGUUGCCGUAAACCUGCAUAAUGCCCAACACCGUUGCUCUGUGGACUGUCACCACUUCGUUUGCAACAUUUCAAAAGCAAGACAAAUGAGACAACCUGAAACAACUUGCCCCUUCUUAAGCGCGAUUCGAGCCAGC